UAUUACCUGUAAUCUUUUGGUAUCCAUUGCAUUUCAGUGUAUAUGUUUUAAAUAUGUGUAUCCUUGAAUGCUGUUGUUAUUAUUUAAAUUACAUUUAAACAUGAGCUGGGGCUUUUUUGUAAUCUACCUGUAAGGCACAGGGCAGAAUUAGUAUGACCUGUCGGCCAUAACACUCAAUUCAGAACACAAGCGCUUAAUACAUUUGUAAAUAUGUAACAUUCUUUGUGUAACGGGAUGUUACUUUAACUCUAUAGUUUGGUUAAGUUCACAAAGUAUUUUAACAUUAAAAUUAGCAGAAGCAAGCAUGUUUUUAUUAGGACACGCCUUCUCAAUUCGCUCUGCAGUAAACAAGGCACUUUCUAUUGACUUCGAUAGAAUGAAAAAAAACAUUCAGCUCUCCUAGUUUGUGGAACAGAAAUGUGUUUUAAGGCUUAGGUACUGAAUCAGUCCAAAUCGUUGUUAUAAAAGGGAAAACCACAAUGUUGUCCUAGAAAUGAAUUAACUUCUGGUGUAUCAGAGCACAUUGAGGCUGCAGGUGUGAUCAAGGCUUUACCUCCUUGAGAAAAUGGCAUGUUUACUGUAAACAAAUGCUGUAGUACAGUUCCUAAGCAAAAGGCACUUAACACAUUGUUUUCCUGACACCUGUCUAUUACAAGUUUUAUUUUAGUAACCAGGGACAUUCAAUGCCAAGUGAUAAUCAGAUGGCAGAGAUGGAGGAACCAGGGGACAAAGCCGAGGUGAAUACAACUCAGGGUCUGAUGGUGGACCCAUCUUCCCUCAAAUUCACCAGUGAGAACAAUGGGAAUACCCAUAUUGCUAAAAAACGUGGAAUGAUUAAGCAAUUCAGGGAGAGCAUGAGGUUGGUUGGCGAGAAGAGUCCUCUGGCAUAUAACAGCAAAGGGUCAAGCAACAGACCCAAUUCAUCUGAAAUGACCUCUCUGAACCAUCAGCUGGUGUCUCCUCCUUCACCAAGUUUGAGUGCUUGUUCUCCUGUUACCUCUCCCGUGAAGAGUCAGAAUGUGUCCUUCCAAAGUGAAGAGGGAGGAGAGAGUGCAGAAAAUUCACCACCAUCCCAGAGGAAACCUUCUAGAACACCUUUAGACACAUCAGCCAUUGGCGACACUCUACUGAAGAAGGGGGCUUCCUUCCGAAGGGGUUUGCGAUUGGUGGGAAGCAAAAUCAUAAAAUCAGAGCAGCUCCCAUCUGUCACUGAGAUCACAUUGGAGAAGAAGGAGAGAGUGGAAGAGCAAGUGAGGGAAAAGGAAAAAGUAGAGAUUACAGAGUCAUACACACCCCCAGAGAUACCCCUCACACCCCUCUCAGUAAUGCAGAUCAGCCAGCUAAUUGAAAAGGAGGUGCUGGAAGAAGCCCAUCUGAACCUCCUCUCCCUGCGCCAGGAGUUUCAGCUGGAGAGGAAGGAGUGCACAGAUGAGUCCUCCUCCAUGGAGCUGGCCAAGAAGGAGAAGGAUCUGAGCAUCCUUUACGGCAACCUGCUGGACAAGGUGAAGGAGAUUGUGCGCAACUCCAGUAGUCUUUUGAAUGACAACAAGGAUCUCCUGUUAUACGUGGCCCGUGUUAUACAGGAGGAAGAAAAGCGAGAGUCAGAACCUGUUGGCAUAGUCGGGUCUGGGGGCUGGCGGGGGGCCUGGAGGGAAGCUGUUAGCGAGGGGGUCCAGGCCAACAUCAAAAGAGUUAAUUUGGAAAGUCCCGAGCAGAAUGCAUCUUGGCUGGCUGUCCACCUGGGGCUACUGGGCAAAGCCAUCACAGAGGACUUGGAGAAGGUGAAGGGAGAGCUGCAGGGCUCUUACCCACCCAGCUUCAACGUGUUCAGCACCUAUGUGAACUGUUACCAUGUUGCUGUCAGCCAGCAUCUAAGAAAGCUUCAGCAGCAGGUGACUCAUCUGAAGGACUAUUACGCCUUGCUGGAUUGGAUCAUCAAUCGCUAUGAGAGUGAGAAGAUAAUGAGAAGUCCUUCACUGAGACCAGAAAUGGAGGCUGAGAACACAGGCCUGUGUCUGGAGGAGGGCUUCCUAGACAAGCUCAAGGAAAAAUUCUGCAUGCGGGUUAAGGAGGACAUGAGAACUUCAUUGGGUAAAAUAUUAGAGCUUGAAAGCGCUGAUAUGUGGGGGGGGGAAACCCCACCAAAAACGGAUGAUGAAAACUUCUUCAACUGUGACAUACACAUGGAUAUCUGGACGAAAGUUAAGAGCAAUGCUGUAAACGCCAAGACGAUUGAUGCAAACCUGGAGAUGAGAGUCGUUUCUUCCUGCCUGGAAGAGUUACAGCAUUUUCCAAAACAAUUUGAGGUCGAAUUUAGGAACUGCUGUAACAGUGUGGAAAACCUUUCACUUUGGGCUGAAUAUAAGAUUACCUACAUUAACUGCUUUACAGCUCUUAAGGAGCACAUGGAGAGCUACAGGGAAAGCUGCCCAAACCAAUUGGACCAUCUCAGCAGAGAGGUUGAUGUCCUGGUUCAUAAUCUGCUUCAGGGCCUGGAGGACCAGUAUAAGAAUAAUGUUGGGCCCUACCUCCGGAGAAUGAUGACAAGAAAGUGGCUCUCCGUAGAUGAGGACUUCCAACAACUGUAUAGUAGGACAGAAAAGCUGUCCCAGUACAGUUCAAAAAUGAGACCUCCAUAUGCUCAGAUGUUUGUGAGCAGCAUGCACUACUAUGUGGUGAAAGAGUAUGUCUCCCAACUGAUGAAAAACAACUACACCUGUAAGAACAGAAAGCAUGACAAAGCAGCUAUCAAGAUGAGAGUGCAGUGGGAUAAACUCAAAGACUUGUUUGAGGAAAUGAAGACAACCAAUGACUGGCUCCACCCAGUAGGGGACCACCUAAGUGACAUCAUUGGGGGGAAGAAUGAGAGAGACAUAAAGAACCACGUCGCACAUUUAGUAAUGGACUACCCAGACAUCAGUAAGAAGCACCUCAUAGCAGUGCUAUACUUCAGGGGUUUGAGGGGCAGGGAGAAGCAGGAGAUCCUGCAUUAUCUCACUGUACUGAAAAAGGAUCUGGGAACCACAAGGAACAAUGGAGAUAAAAGAAGAGGUCUUUUUAGUGACAUACAGGUCACAAACACCAAUACAAGCUGUCUAGCUGACAUGCCUUUCUCUUGCUUCUCCUUCCUCCAACCAGACAGCUAAUCACAUGGAGCCUACCAUAGAUAGUAACCUAAGGAGGACGGAGGAGGCUAAUAAAGAACAUACUGUAUAGUAUAUGAUCACCAGUAUCAUCACCUUGCAAAAAGCAAGAAGGCUAAUGAUUAUUUAAAUACAAAUGAAUGUUUAUGGUGUACAUCUUAUUGUUACAGUCUGAGAUGCUUUGAGACACCUUAUUAAUUAGGCUCUCUUUUUUUUUUUUCUUAAACGUGUUGCUGGCAUCAAAUACAAAAUGGGCAUUUAUUUUACCAAA